CGUUUCGAACGAACCGGCGCGGAUCGGCGCCAUGGACGCGUCGACCACGGUCGCCCACGGGCGCAGCGAGGCCCACCUGGAGCACCUCACGAUAUCGGUGCCAUCGGCCUCACCGCUCUACUCGAACGACUUUCACAGCGCGUCGCCGUCGGUGGUGCGCCGGUCGCCGACAAGUCGCGACGCAGAUCGGUACAAGUCAUCGCCGAUGCUGCGCACGCCAACGUCGUCCAAGGAAGUCGUCUGGAUACAGCAAUACGACCCGCGUUCUCGGCAGUACUACUAUCUCAACGGGUCCACGGGCGAGACGACCAGCACCAAGCCGCGCUUCUUCUCGAAAGAGCUCCGUGAGCGCAAGAGCGUCGCGGCGCUCACGAUACAGUGCGCACUGCGCUCGCACAUUGCACGCGCGCGCGCGGCGGCCUUGCGCGUCAUUGCACCCGCGUCGUCCCACACGGGCGACGCGGUCCUCGACGAAGCCUACGCGCGCAAGACCAAGUACAUUGCUUCGCUCCUCGCCGCUAUUGCAAGCCUCCUUGCGAUGCGGACACCCUCCUUUGCUACCGUUAAGGAUGCACAGGAUCGCGAUGGCGACAACAACAAGAACGAUUGCCACCUCGAUCGGGACGAGCUACUCGCCUUGUAUGAGGAGUUUAAGUCGACGCUCCGGUCGCUCCGGUCGACGUUUGCCGCCGUUGAGGCUGUCAUCCGAGAGCUCCAAGACCAAGCGCUUCUCUCCACCAAGCUCGAAGACAUCAACGAGACGCUCAUUCAGGUGCAGAAAGGCGCCGUCCGGCUACAGCGAACGAUCCUCGAAAAAGAUGCUCUCUUCUGCACCAUGGACGCGGCGCGACUCAAUGCCGCAUAUGCCGCCUACGCGACGAUUCUCUCCGCAUCCAAGCAGCGCGACGCCGACAUCGUGCUGCAAAAGGCUCUCGUGCGCUGCGAAGCGAUCUUCCGCAAGACGAUGGGACCGGCGUCGGUCCAGGCCGGGCGCGGCAUGGACGUGACCAAGGUCGCUGGCAAGGUCUUUGCCGACUGGCACGACGCCGUCACGGUGGCGGUCGAGAGCGUACACGAACUCGAAGAGGCCGCCAAGGUAUUGCCAACGGUACCUGUUGUUGUUGCGGUCGAAGCAGCGCCGGUGGUCGUUCCAGCGACGCCUCCUCUCGUUCCCGCUGCGAUUCCCGAAGCGGCGCCCGUGUCGGAAACAAAGAGCCCUCGCCGAAGCUCGUACGACGUGGCGUAUCUGCAAGAGCGCUGGGCGCGCGGCCUCGACCUCCGGGCCAAGGACGCCGAGGUGCAGCUGCAGCACGCCAGCGAUGCCGAGCGACAGCGAUCCCACGCCUUUCAAGACCGCGUGUACGCGCAAGCCCAGUACCAAGAAGAGCGCAAUCGGUGCAAGCUCACCAUCUGGGAGGCGGUCGUCGAAGGGUGGUCGGUUGAGAAGAUUAGCCACCUCGUUGCGCAAGAAACGAAGAAGACCAUGCAAGACGGCGUCUCGAGCUUCCGCGUGCGCGACUCGCAGUCGGAGAACGGCCGGACGCUGCUUCAGCUCGCCUGCUGGUGGGGCCACGAGCAUUUGGUGCGGUACUUUGUCGAGAAGGGCUCCAACUUGGGCCAAUUCGACAGCGUUUGCAAUCGCUUCACAUUACUGCACGACGCGGCGCGCGCGGGCCAUGCACAUGUCGUCCGCGUCCUGCUCGAGUACGGACUCAGCGUGAGCGUGGUCGACGCCAGCGGCGAUCUGCCCUUGCACUGGUAG